AUGUACCAGCAUUUCCUUUUCCUUUUCGUCCUCUCCUUCCAUCCCAAUAAAUGCCAAGAUCAAAUCCUGGGUGAAGAUCCAUAUGAAAUGCCCAAAGACUACCAGGAGGUCUAUAGAGGGACAAGAAAUGACAUCAGCGAGAUCCCAAAGAUUGCAAAGCCCUUCAUUUCUGAGAUGAUCUUCGUGCAAACCAGCAUCACUGCUAUAAGGAAAGGUGCCUUCACGUACAUGCCCAACCUGAUCAAGAUUUUGUUUAUUGGCAACAAGAUCAAGACAGUUGAACCUGGAGCCUUUGAUAAUUUGGAGAAGCUGAGGGACUUGGAGAUCUCUGGUGCCUCAUUAGAAGAACUAGCUGUGGGCACUUUCCAAAACCUUCCAAGCUUGCAGAGGCUGGAGCUGAGGGACAGCCACCUCAGACACAUUCCCAAAGGCCUCUUUGAUGGGCUGGAGAAUUUGGGAGAGCUCUCCCUGCACAUCAAUGCAAUCCCUUCUCUUCCAGAAGGCGUUUUUGAUUCUCUCAUCAACCUAACGUUUUUGGACUUGGCUAGAAACAGGAUCACCGCGCUUCCUGGGGAUGCCUUUAGCAAUCUCCCCCAUCUGCAAGUCCUCCGGCUGUAUGAGAAUGAGCUGCAUGACCUCCCGGAGGGGCUGCUAGAUGGCCAGCCGGGGCUGCUGGAGCUCAGUCUCCAGAGGAACAGGCUCAGGGCACUGCCCCCCAUGCUCCUGAGAAGCCUGCCUCACCUGGAGAAACUCCUCUUGGACAACAACCUCAUCAGGGCUCUCCCACGCCUUUAG